UUCUUGCAUUUGCUUUUCUGUCUCGAUAUGGUUGUACUCGAGCUCGUCGUUGAUUUCUUUCAGCGCUUCGAGGUCCUCGAUGGCAGCGUUGAGUUCGUUGAUCUCCUCUUGAUAGUGCAUGUUCUUAUCUGCGAGCUCCUCAAUCAUCUCCUCCGCACCGAGAGCAGUCUCCAGUUGCUGCUUAAGAUCCUCAACAUUGUUUUCCGCUACAAGCAGCUUUUCCUUUGUGGAUUCAUACUGGGACUUGAUGCUUUCAUAGUCCUCCAAAUCUUGUUGUAGUUCCUUGAUUUGGUCCUUCAACUCCGAUUCCUGCUGCUGUGUCAUAUCGCGAAGCCGUAUGAGGGCCUCAC